AUGGAUUCAGACGCUCAGAAUGAAUCAGAUUCUCAAAUGCCAAGCAGCAGCACUAGUCAAAGCGUGCAUAGAAAUAGUAUCUUUUCAUGUAAAGUUUGUGGAGCCCCUUCGCAUGGUGAACUUUUUGGUGUAAUUGUAUGUAGAGCGUGUAAGCCUAUAAUAAACAUUUACAACUUUAGUGUAAUAUAAAUUUAUAAUUUUAAUUAAAAGCUUGCAAAAAAUAAAUUUGUUUUAGCCUUCAUUUACUAAGCUUAAAACAUUUAAGGCGGUGCAUUUUUCCGAAGAACAGUAGCAGAACACAAAGUGUACAAGUGCAACCAUCCUAAGCGGCAUUCCAUAGACACUAGUAAGUCUUUCAACCGUAACAGUCGAAAAAAAACCUUUUAAAAACCUCCACAUGAAACCAUAUAAUGACUACAAUAGCUUAUCCACAAAACGUAUAACCUCAAACUAAAAUAAGGGUUUAUUAAUUUUAAAAUCACUUCAGAAGCAAGAAAUUUUUGCCGAAAAUGUCGCUACGACAAAUGUUUAGCUGUUGGAAUGCAGGCUGAAAGUAAGUUGUCUUUUAAUGAAAUCAAAUUUUACAUUUUUAAAUUUAGGGGUACGUCCAUAAUAAUAAAAAUUUAGAAGUUCAAUUAAUCCGUGACAAAAAUCGAAACACAAUCACAACAACACCCACAAAACGAGCUCACCGUUCCCUUACACAAACAUCAUUACCUCCAACACCAAAUGAAAUAUCAAGCGUACUAGGAAAACUGAUGGACGGCUAUGAAUUUUAUAAGAAUGCCAGAAAUAGCGUGUUUGCCGGUUGGUUUCCGGAAUACACUUUUUCUGACCAGACUGCAAUGAUUGAAAUCCCAAUAUAUGAAAAGCUGACUCUUGACAAAGCUUUGAUACCUAAUCUUUACCUUAUGCAUAAAAAUUACUUUUGUUCGAGAUACCCUUUGGAUCCUAGUGUAAAAGUAAGUUAAUAAUAACUAAAACUUAAAAAUUUCUGUCACUCAAAGCUACUAUAAUUUGUGAAUCAAAAUAGCGCACAUAGCACUGAGCAAUGCUAUAAAUAAACUUUUAACUUACAGAAAGAGGUUGUCAGAGGUUUUUUGGAAAAGUUCGUCAACUUUGAAAAGGCCUACCUCACGUCAAUCCAUUUUCCUGACAAAAAUGACAAAAGAAUAGCCAACUCCAACUCACAUUAUAUUGUAUUUGACAAUGUCAAAUUUGAUGCAAAUGGUGCAAGCAAGGAAAUGAACCAGUAAGACCAUUUUGUUAUCAAGCUAUUUGACUUCUUUCAUCCUGCCCUAUUCUACCUACCCUCUUUACGUUGUCAUGGUCUAAAUUGCUACUAAUCAUGUGACCAAAAAUCUAAAUAUAUUUCGAUGCAUUAUAAAUUUAUUUUUAGGACAUUCAUGCCCUAUAGUGUACGACUAAAAAGAUUUUCUCAAAAAGUGACAACUCUUAAAUUAGACGAAACUGAAUUUAUCGCCGUUAUGGGCAUCGUCAACUGUGAAAACAGUAAGUAUACCAAUACAGUUUCUUGCCUUACCCUGCUCCUUCUAACCUUACUUUACCCUAACUUAGCCUUGUAUUAAUACUAGUCUUAUCAUAGCUCCAAUCUAACCCUAAACCAACCCUAUUAUACCUUAACCUACCUCCCCCCUUUAAAAAUUAUUUCCAGUCCACAAUCUAACCGGAUCAACACAAGCAAACGAAGACCGCGAUACCUUAUUCUACGAGCUACACUGCCAUUGCCAACAAAAACAAUCACAGAGUGCAAGCGUUAGAUAUGGCCAGAUUAUGUUAAUGCUGCGUGAUCUUGAAUAUCUUUCUCUUGCCUUUAUGGAAUGUAUGUAUAUUGGGAUUGUGUCUGAAGACCUAUACAAGUCUAAAGUCGAUAGUGUUAGAGGAAUGUUGGAACGAGUUGGAAUUUUUCGUUAG